AUGUCAAGUGAAGUGACGAGAGCUGAAAACGAAUAUUCUAAAAAGACUCAUACACAUUCUAUAUCUGAAAUAACAGACUUACAAGAAACCUUAAACAGUAAAAGUGCCGUUGGACAUACACAUACCAUUGCAAAUAUUACAAACUUACAAGAAACCUUAAACAGGAAAAGUGCCGUUGGACAUACACAUUCUAUAUCUGAAAUAACAGACUUAAACGUUAGCCUUGAAAAGAAAGCGGAUAAGGAAUAUGUGGCUAGUAAGUUAGAGAAGAAAGCAGAUAAGACUCAUACACAUACAAGUUUUACAACUUUUACAGCAGAUGAUAUUACACUAAACACAACCUUGCCAAGUAAAGGUCCAACAAUACCACCGGCAACAAGUCUUGUAGAUACUUUGAUAUCUAAUGACAAUAGUAUUAUGCAUCUAAGACAGGAACUCAAUGUGCUUAAACAAAUUUUGCCGAAUCUUAUUUACCCGGUUGGCUCACUAUAUGUUUCAAUGAACUCUACCAGACCAGAAACAGUUCUGGGUUUUGGAACUUAG